UGUAUUUUUGUUCCGUCACAUUUCUACACAGAGUGAAAAGCAAUCGUGACCAGUUAGUUAAGACUCACUCGCGUUCGUACACAGACAACAACGUUCUUGCUAAAAGUAUCUUUUUAGUUGCAAAUACAAAACUCGCCGGAAACCAUACAAAAAUAUAUACAUCUAUAAGAUACAAAAACAAAAAAUAUAAAUAAACAGCAAAAAAAUAAAUACAAUGUAUUGGCUAAAUACAAAAACAAUACAAUAUUUUUUUACUUAAAAAAUCUGAUUGUAUGAGAAUAUUUUAAGCAAAAAAAAAAAAAAAGCAAUGAAAUAAAAAAAGCAUUACUCUAAAAAAAGUAUAGUCGUAUAAAACGUGACACUAUAUAAUGUUGACAAUCAUUCACUCAUUCACCAAGUGUAUCAAACGUUGUGUUACAAAACAAUACAUUCUAUCAAUAUUCUUUCAAGGAUAAAUCCUGUCAACUGCAUUAAGGAUUUGAAAAAUAUAACAGUUUAAAUGCAAUUUAAAAAAUAACUAAAUUUUAAAAAUAGUAGUAAACUUAAGAAAUUGACAAGUAGCUGUGAAAUUAGCGGAAUAAAAAAGUGUUUAAACAUUUUAAAUAUAAACAAAAAUUUGUUAAUUAGUUCAUUUAUCUUUCAUGCAUUGUGGAUGCUCGUCACUUUUUUUUUGAAAAAAAAUCAUCGCUCAGUGAAUGAAUUAUUUUCUUCCAUUCGAUUUUGUUACAAAGAACAACAAAGACUAAAUAAAUAAGAAAUAAACAAAAAUCAAGAAAAGGAAAAAAAAAACUCUUAAAUAAAUAACAAAAAAGUCAAAAAGAUAAACAAACUGAACAAAUCUAAAUCUGUAUCGUUUAAAUACGUCUGGCAAAAUCAUUGUUGAUAUUUUGCCAUUACCACACUUUCUGAUCGUUUUUUAUUAUUAUUUUGUUAAAAAUUUUCUCAUCUGGUUGGUGUAUUUUAAACCAAACUAAGUGCUCUAAUUAAAUUUUUAAUACAAAUUUAUUACCGUGAAAAAUUGUUUGCCAGUUUUCCUUCAUUAAUAAGACAACACACCGCCAGCUUCAUCAUGGAAAUUGAAAAUCUUCCACAAAUGCUAAAAAAUAAUCGCACAUUUGCUGAUAAUGAUGCGAUUAUGAUCGAAAAGAGAUAUACGCUUUCGGAUUUAUAUCCAAUUGCGAGACUUACCCAAAAAAUGGACAGUGUUUUAAAUGUUUCCUCCACGGCCACCACCACCACACAAGUACCUAAAUCUGAUGAUUUACCUUACACAGUGGAAUGUGUUAAACCCGAAGAUUCAGAAAAAGUUGUUGAAAUGUUGAAAGCAUUUUUCUUUAAG